GUGGACUGGAGCAAUUCGCGGCAUCGCGGUUUGUACGGGUGUUGCGUGCAGUUUGGUUAUAAACAGUAUUUUAUGGAAAAUCGCCUAGACGUUUUAACAUCCAGAACAUAAAGAAGAAGAAGAAGCCGUGUGCCUGACUUCGUGUUGAACCAUGGCAAACGUAUCCCUUGACAAAGAUACGUUUUUUCGGCGCAUGAAGCGCCUGUAUGCUGCGUGGAAGGAUGGAGAAGUGGGCACUGAUGAUAGUUUCAGUAAAAUGGAUUGCCUUGUUUCCGCUGUUGGUACUGAUGAGAAUAUUGUUUACAGCAAGUCCACAGCAUUGCAGACAUGGCUACUCAGUUAUGAGCUUACGGAUACAAUAAUGAUUUUGGCAGAAGAGUCUAUCAGUUUUUUGGCUAGUAAAAAGAAAAUUGAAUUUUUGAGGAAAGUAGAAAAUCAAAAAACUGAGGAUACAGAAGUACCACCUGUAAAAUUGUUUGUGAGGGACAGAAGCGACGAGGACAAAGCAAAUUUUGCAAAACUUAUCGAAGUAAUAAAAGAAAGUAAAAAAGGCAAAACUUUGGGAAUAUUUUCAAGGGAAAAUUAUCCAGGUGCCUUUAUGGAUGCAUGGAGAAUUGCUUUAAAGGCAGAAUCUUUUGAUACAGUCGAUGUAAGUGCUGCAGCUGCUUAUGUCAUGUGUCCAAAAGAAGAUGCUGAAAUACUUACUAUAAAGAAAGCUUGUCUGGUGUCUGUGGAUGUCUUCACUAAAUAUCUCAAGGAUCAAAUAAUGGAGAUCAUAGAUUCAGAUAAGAAAGUUAAGCAUUCAAAAUUAGCGAAAGGUGUCGAUGCAGCGAUUACAAAUAAGAAGUAUGUAUCCGGAGUAGAUAUUACACAAGUGGAUAUGUGUUACCCUGCAAUUAUACAAAGCGGUGGCAAUUACACACUCAAGUUCAGCGUUGUUAGCGAUAAAAACACUCUUCAUUUUGGUGUCAUCGUUUGUUCACUGGGCGCGCGUUACAAAUCCUAUUGUUCAAACAUAGUGAGAACUUUGUUGGUUAAUCCCACAAAAACGAUUGAGGAACAUUACAAUUUUCUGUUACAACUUGAAGAGGAGAUCUUGAAGAAGCUAGUUGCAGGAACAAAGAUAAGCGAGGUGUACGAUACUGGUAUGAAAUACGUGAAAGAUGAAAAGCCAGAAAUGAUGAAUCAUUUAACAAAAAAUUUUGGAUUUGCCAUGGGAAUCGAAUUCAAAGAAAGUUCGUUGCUAUUGGGCCCGAAGACUCAUGCGAUAGCUAAGAAGGGCAUGGUGUUUAAUGUCAAUGUCGGUCUCGCAAACCUCUCUAAUCCGGAUGCAACAGACAAAGAGGGAAAGACGUACGCUCUUUUCAUAGGCGACACUGUUAUCGUAAAUGAAGGACAACCGGCCACCAAUUUAACACCGUCGAAAAAGAAAGUGAAAAACAUAGGCAUAUAUGUAAAGGACGAUGAAGAUGAAGAAGAAGAGGGAAGUGGGAAAGAAAAUGAGCCAAAGCCCGAGAUUCUGGGACGUGGUAAGAGAACAGCCGUGAUAGAAUCUAAACUAAGAACGGAGCACAGCUCGGAAGAAAAAAGAAAGCAGCAUCAAAAGGAGUUAGCUCAGCAAUUGAAUGCAGUUGCCAAAGCUCGGUUGGCGCAACAGUCUGGCGGUAAGGAACAAGAGAAGAUACGUAAGUCGACAGUGUCGUACAAAAGCUUGAGCCAUAUGCCGCGUGAAUCAGAGGUAAAGGAGUUGAAGUUGUAUGUGGAUAAGAAGUACGAAACUGUGAUUCUACCUAUUUUUGGCAUCCCUGUACCCUUCCACAUAUCAACGAUCAAAAACAUCUCGCAGUCGGUAGAAGGAGAUUACACGUAUCUUAGAAUCAACUUUUUCCACCCUGGAGCUACGAUGGGUCGUAACGAAGGUGGAUCUUAUCCUCAGCCUGACGCAACCUUUGUUAAAGAAGUAACAUAUCGAAGCACAAAUACCAAAGAGCCCGGUGAAAUUUCCGCGCCGUCCUCGAACUUGAACACAGCCUUUAGGCUGAUUAAGGAAGUGCAAAAGAAAUUCAAGAAUCGAGAAGCGGAAGAAAGAGAGAAGGAAGAUCUAGUGAAACAGGAUACUCUGAUAUUGUCGCAGAAUAAGGGAAAUCCUAAGUUGAAGGACUUAUACAUUCGGCCGAAUAUCGUAACAAAAAGGAUGACUGGUGGCUUAGAAGCACACGCGAACGGAUUCCGUUAUACAUCAGUCCGCGGAGAUAAAGUGGAUAUUCUUUAUAACAACAUUAAGAAUGCCUUUUUCCAACCAUGCGAUGGUGAAAUGAUUAUAUUGCUUCAUUUUCAUCUAAAACAUGCCAUUAUGUUUGGGAAAAAGAAACACGUGGACGUGCAGUUUUAUACAGAAGUCGGAGAAAUUACCACGGAUUUAGGAAAACAUCAACACAUGCAUGAUCGCGACGAUCUCGCUGCCGAGCAAUCGGAACGAGAGUUGAGGCAUAAAUUGAAAACUGCUUUCAAAAGCUUCUGUGAAAAGGUUGAAGGUAUGACGAAGCAAGAUAUCGAAUUUGACACACCAUUCCGAGAAUUGGGAUUUCCUGGUGCACCGUACAGAAGUACUGUUCUGCUUCAACCAACUAGCGGUUGUUUAGUUAAUCUCACUGAAUGGCCUCCGUUUGUUAUUACGUUGGAAGAUGUCGAAUUGGUCCAUUUUGAAAGAGUACAAUUCCAUCUCAAGAAUUUCGACAUGAUCUUUGUCUUCAAAGAUUAUCACAAAAAGGUAGCGAUGGUUAACGCCAUUCCCAUGAACAUGCUGGAUCAUGUCAAAGAAUGGUUGAACUCGUGCGAUAUUCGUUACUCGGAAGGUGUCCAGUCUCUAAACUGGACGAAGAUUAUGAAGACUAUAACAGAUGAUCCCGAGGGAUUCUUCGAUAGCGGAGGUUGGACAUUUUUAGACCCCGAAAGUGAUGCUGAAAAUGAAGAAGUUGAAGAUGAAGAAGAGGAGGAGGAUGAUGCAUAUGAGCCAUCUGAUUUCGAUACUGAAGAAGAAUCAGAUGACGAUAGCGAAUACUCCGAAGCUUCUGAAGAUUCUGACAGUGAAGAAGAAGAAUUAGGUAGUUCUGAAGAAGAGGGAAAAGACUGGUCAGAUCUGGAACGGGAAGCGGCUGAGGAGGACAAAGAAAGAGGCGAGGAUCGUUUCCGCGACGAUUAUAAUUCCAGUAAAAAGAAGAAAUCAAAUCGAAGGCAAUCCCCAUCUCCUUCGAAAGAUAGGAAUAACUCGAAACACAAAAACUCUUCCAACUCGAAGAGUAAGAGUUCAUCCGGCAACAAGGAUAAACGGUCGGAUAAACACAGAACUGAUCGAUCGCGGAGUGGGGGCUCGCACAAGAAAGCGUCUCCUUCCAAAUCAUCCAAACACAGUCCAAGAAAGAGCGACAAACACGAUAAGAGCAAGUCGCAUUCUUCGUCCAGUAAGAAACGUUCUCGUGAGGAGAGCUCGGAAAGGAACAACAGAGGAUCUAAGAGAUCCAGGAAAUGAGCACGAGAAAUCUGCACAUUUGAAAAGGACUACACAGGAAACCACAACAAAUACCGUGCUAAGUGAAGCUUUCUUACUUAAGACAUAGCGAUUAACUAGCUCAUAAGAACAGUACAUUUUCUUGCAUCGGGCAAAUAAACAGUUUGAGCAUAUUGUGGACGUGCGCAUUCAGUUUUUAUUUGUUUUUUUUUUUUUAGAAUACAGUAAGUUUUACCUAUAAUAAAAAUGAUAUACAAUUAA